AUGAUACCGCAUGACAGAGUUGCCCACCAUCCACUGGGAGCUGGGUCGUAUUAUUUUAAGGAGAACCUCCUCGGGUAUCUGAAUAACCGAUGCCCUCAACCGGUAGUGACUCUGCAUGUCGGGUCACAGCCGAACUGCAGCCCGCAUGUGGGUAAUAUAACUACGUUUGCUACCUGUUUUGCGCUCGCGGCUGCCUUACAGAGAAGGUUUGAACGCAACGUUAGGAUUAAGUUCAUUUUCGUGGACAGCGCACCGACUCCGGGGCAGGAGUUCCUCAUUAAUGACGUGAAGUAUCAGAAAAGCCUAAAGCAGACAGGGGGCUUUCAAACUUAUCAAAUGGCGUUCGUCAAAGUUCUAAGUCGCUUGUCUGAACUUUCAGGAGUACCGUAUGAGUUUGAUACGCAGAGUUUCUGGCGUUCAAAUCCGGCCUUUUCCAGCAUCCUCCAGCGUCUCGUCGAGCGUUACAGGAUUCUCGGGCCCCAUAUGUCUCCGGAGACAGGCAAGUUGGCUAUUCGAGCGCCAUGCCCACACAACGAUUGCGGACUAGCAGACAAACACGGCAUCAACAAUCAGUAUCAUGCUGACGGUCGAAUCACUUUCGUGUGUCCUGACCACGGAGAGCAUCAUAUAGACCUAACAUCACCUCACGAACUCGAGCGGCUCGAGUUCAACACACCACUCCGCAAUCUGAUAAGGAUUCUCCUCUGCAGCCGUGAUACGGACACCUCAUGGAUCAUGUGUACUGGAUCCGACUACUCGGGUUUCUACCAGGAGCAGCUGACUUGGCGGCUGCUGGAGCAUCCUGAAAAUACUCCAGUCAUCUUUUAUACACCUUUGAUACUCGAUUGGUCCGGAGCCAAAUUGUCGAAAAGCCUGUAUAUCCGAGAAAACGGAUACAAAUACUUAAUCGAUGCCGGCCGUCGGUACUUGCUGGAUGCUGACACAUUUCUGGAGACCGAGGGGGCAAUUGAGGCCCUUUUUGAGGAAGCACAAGACUGGGUUGAUAAGCCGUACAAGCUCUUCCGGAACUACACUGUCGAUUACAUAGAUAUGCAGCUGAUAUCAAGGGGAAUGCGCCUACUUAGCCACCCGAAUUAG